GAUAAUUGAAGCUAUCUGCAUAGGUUGGUUCACUGCGGAGUGCAUCGUGAGGUUCAUCGUCUCCAAAAACAAGUGUGAGUUUGUCAAAAGACCUCUGAACAUCAUUGACUUACUGGCAAUCACGCCAUAUUACAUCUCUGUGCUGAUGACAGUAUUUACAGGCGAGAACUCUCAACUCCAGAGGGCUGGAGUCACCUUGAGGGUGCUCAGAAUGAUGAGGAUUUUUUGGGUGAUUAAGCUUGCCCGUCACUUCAUUGGCCUUCAGACACUGGGUUUGACUCUUAAGCGAUGCUACCGAGAGAUGGUUAUGUUACUUGUCUUCAUUUGUGUUGCCAUGGCAAUCUUUAGUGCACUUUCUCAGCUUCUUGAACAUGGGUUGGACCUGGAAACAUCCAACAAGGACUUCGCCAGCAUCCCUGCAGCCUGCUGGUGGGUGAUUAUCUCUAUGACUACAGUUGGCUAUGGAGAUAUGUAUCCUAUCACAGUGCCUGGAAGAAUUCUUGGAGGAGUUUGUGUUGUCAGUGGAAUUGUUCUGUUGGCAUUACCUAUCACUUUCAUCUACCAUAGCUUUGUGCAGUGUUAUCAUGAGCUCAAGUUUAGAUCAGCUAGAUAUAGUAGGAGCCUCUCUGCUGAGUUUCUGAAUUAAUGCAUUGCAAAUCAAUUCUUGCAUACACU